CACACGCAGACGCACACAGUGAAGAAACAGAGUGAGAACGUCUCCUUACCUGCAAUGGGAAUCUAACUACCUGCUCAUUCUGUGUACCUGUCUGAAAGCUUUGUCGAGUCGGAUCAUGGAAACCGUUUCAGUCUUCAGGAUCCUGCUUCUGCUGGUUCCUGUCAGCCUAAGUUACGGGAUACAGAGAGCUCCUCGUAUCAUCACCUUAUUAGAGACAGUGGAUAUACUGCUGGAUCACAAUGCAACCUUCAUCUGUGAGGUUGAGUCCCGUCCCCCCGCUGAGAUCACCUGGACCAAGAAUAACCACCCAAUAAUGUACUACGACCCCCGAUACAUAACCAGGGAGCAGGGACAGAUGCUAACCAUCCCUCACGUAAGAGAGUCAGACAACGGAGAGUACUGCUGCCUCGCCAGUAACGGCAUCGGAGAGGCGGCCAAAAGCUGUGGGGCUUUGCAGCUAAAGAUGAAGCCGCAGAUCAAACGCCAUCCGACUAAUGUAACCCUUCUGGUGGAAUCUAAAGCAGUGUUGCCCUGUGUUACCCUCGGCAACCCCAAACCGGAAGUCACCUGGCUCAAAGAUGACGAACUCAUCAAGAUCAGUGACCGCGUCACCAUUCUUGACUAUGGUGCAUUGAAGAUCCACAACAUACAGAAGGAAGACGCAGGACAGUAUCGCUGUGUGGCCAGGAAUAGCUUUGGUUUGGCCUUUUCAAAGCCUGUCACCAUAGAGGUACAGGCUCCGGCACGAAUCCUGCGGGUUCCUAAAGAGAAGAGAGUAGCAUACGGGAGCCAGAUUUCCCUGGAGUGUAACGCCACAGGAAAUCCAAUCCCCACAAUCACCUGGCUGGAGAAUGGAAAUACUAUCUCAGGCGCAUCCGUCGAGGAGACUUUGACAGGUGAAGUGAUCCUGUCCGUUCUCAAAGUGACGGUGAAUAAGCCGGCUCUGUAUACCUGUCUGGCCUCCAACAAGCACAGCGCUGGAGCCAACACAGUGAAGGCAACUGCUAAAGUCACUGUCGCAGAGUGGAGACUCUACAAGGGCGUCUCAGGAUACUGCAGUGCGUAUCGUGGAGACGUGUGCCGCACCAUUCUGAGAGAUGACUUGCUGGUUUUCUUUAACUCCUCCCUGUCGGACCCAGAGGACAUGCAGGAGUACCUGGUUCAGAGCUGGUGGACGGAGCUGGAAGGACUCAGUGUGUUGUGUAGCCCCGCGGUGCGCUCACUGCUCUGCCACUCCUCCUUCCCUGACUGCAACCCAUCAGGGUUAGGACCGGCCCCUAAACCUGUCUGCAGAGAACACUGCCUGGCGGUGAAAGAGCUGUACUGCCAUAAGGAGUGGUUGGUGCUAGAGAGCAGCAGUUCAGUCCAGCCUGACAUCUUCAGCUCUGUCACUGGGUCACGCACUCCCACUUCACUGCUGCCAAACUGUCAGGCCUUACCGAGCCUUCGCGCAGACCCUGAUGCUUGUACACAUGUCCCCUUUGUAGACAUCAAGCAAGAUCAGAUUACAACAACAUGUUACAAUGACAGAGGCCGUUUCUACCAAGGCAGUGUAAAUGUGACGAGAUCUGGGAUACCGUGUCAGUCAUGGAACCAACAGGUUCCCCACCAGCACCGCUUGUCUGUAGACGUGAUUCCAGAGUUGAAGAACUCAGACAACUACUGUAGGAACCCGGGAGGAAUCAGCGACAAGCCCUGGUGUUACACCUCAAAUCCCAACAUACGCUGGGAGUACUGCACUGUGCCGCAGUGUGGGGAGAUGGGCUUAGCAUCAGUGAUGAGGACAGAGUUACCAGGCCCUCGUCAAACUCCUCGUCUCCCUCCCACGACCACAGUAUCGUCUCCAGCCUACUCCAUGUCCGUCAUCAUCGUCAUCCUGUCCGCACUCGCAGCUGUAGUCUUCCUCACCAUCAGCAUCCUGGCCUGCCGCAGACGCAGGAAGCAGUGGAGAAACCGGAAGAGAGCGAUGGAGACGCCAACGCUAAGUGCUCUUCCAUCAGAGCUCCUGCUGGAUCGCCUCCACCCGAACCCCAUGUACCAGCGGGUUCCUCUGCUGCUCAACUCAAAGCUGCUGGCCUUGGAGUAUCCUCGAAAUAAUAUCCAAUAUGUUAGAGAUAUUGGAGAGGGAGCCUUCGGACGGGUUUUCCAAGCCAGAGCACCUGGCCUGCUGCCAAUGGAGUCCUUCACGAUGGUGGCUGUGAAGAUGCUGAAGGAGGAAGCCUCAGCUGACAUGCAGAAUGACUUCCAGAGAGAGGCAGCGCUGAUGGCUCAGUUUGACCACCCAAACAUUGUGCGGCUCCUAGGUGUGUGUGCAGUGGGUAAACCCAUGUGUCUGAUGUUAGAGUACAUGGCCCACGGUGACCUCAAUGAGUUCCUGCGCCGCCGAUCUCCAAACCAGUCCGUCCGCACCCUCAGCCGCGCCAGCCUGUCGGGUCGCAGUUUUUCCUCUGAGCUGGAGGCGAGGAUUCUCUGCUGUGCUGAGCAGCUGUCAGUCUCCAAGCAGAUCGCCGCAGGGAUGGCCUACCUGUCGGAGCGCAAGUUCGUCCACCGUGACCUCGCAACCCGGAACUGCCUGGUCGGGGAGGAGAUGGUGGUGAAGAUCGCAGACUUCGGCCUCUCCAGAAACAUCUACUCAGCCGAUUACUACAAAGCCAACGAGAACGACGCCAUCCCCAUUCGCUGGAUGCCCCCAGAGUCCAUUUUCUAUAACCGCUACACCACUGAAUCGGACGUGUGGGCAUAUGGCGUGGUGUUGUGGGAGAUUUUCUCCCACGGGAUGCAGCCAUACUACGGUAUGGGUCACGAGGAGGUUAUUUACUAUGUGAGGGAUGGUCAGAUCCUCUCCUGUCCUGAGAACUGUCCUCUGGAGCUGUACAAUCUGAUGAGGCUUUGUUGGAGCACACACCCAUCAGAUAGGCCCAGCUUCAGUAGUAUACAUCGGAUACUGGAGCGGAUGCAUCAAAGCACGCUAAGCACGAAUGCUGAAACUGAGGCUGACUGCUAAACUGGGAACUUUUACAAAAAUGUUUGUCCCUGUGCAAAAACAAAACCCACUGACUUCUGCCAUAUUUUAGUAAUGUUCACAUUGCUUACUUAUUUAGUUAAGGAAUUGUUUUUAAAGGAACAGUUCACCUCAAAUUCAGAAAUACAUAUUUUUCCUUUUACCUGUAGUGCUGUUUAUCAGUCUAGAUUGUUUUGGUGGAGAAAUUGAACAUAGAGAUGUCCACCUUGUCUCCAAUAUAAUGGAACUAGAUGGCACUCAGCUGCAUCCCGUGUGGUGAUGUGGUUGGUGGGUGCAGUUUGGUAGAAAGAAAACAGUUCCUACAUGAAACUGCUCACAUCAAGAUCUGUGGAUCAUCUUAAGUACGAUACAAUAUUUGCCGAUAUGACAGAGUCUGCCAUGAUAGGAUUUCGAUGCGAUUGAAGGGCCUGUGGUUGAUAUGAGACGAUAAUGUAUGCCUAAAUAACACAGUCAGUUAGAGAAGAAGCUGCCACCCCUUUCUGUCAGAAAGUCUUGUAUGGAAGAAAUCCUUUCAUUUUAAUGCAAACCAUCAUCUUUUUCCUAAAAUUUCAGGGCUUAUCGGGCUUAAAAUCCCAAAGGCAAACUUCUCCUAACAGCCAUAAAACACGGAUUUACAACAUCAUUUAACAAAAGUAUCAAAUGCAGUUCGUUUAUAACUGUUUAGGUUCAUUUGCUCAAGCAUGUUAACACUGCAUAAAUUAGCCUAGCAGCUAGCAGACUUUUUUCCCUCUACUCACAGCUCACUGUCAGUAAAAGUCACUGCAUCUCCCGACAGAACAGCAUGGUUGAAUUUUAACCUGUACGCAUGUUUUUUUUAGCCGAACAUUCUGCAUAGUGAGACGUUAGCGGACUGAGAUGCCCGGCAAGGUGGGUAACAUUAUGUCGUGUUUAAUCUCAUAACAGCAUUGUUUACAUACACCAUGUGCUUUGUCUGUUGACUUGUAGUUUUACCAAAAAUCUUAAAUAUUUCCAUUCUGCUGAUUUAUUCCAGAGUAAAUAAUGUUGUCUUUAUCGUCUCUCUCGGCUGCUUGCCAUCUGCCUGCCGCUGUUUGAUGGUGACAUAGACUUUCAAAAUAAAAGCGUAUAGUUCUCGAGGUUCUCAUUUUGCAUCGAUGAUCAUUGAAUCAAUAUAUCGAUCCAGAUCGAAGGGUCAUUACGCGUCCAUCUUGGCUGUCUCUUCUCAUUUUAUGCUGUGGUUACUACCUCCACUGUCAGCUCAAAGGCGAGACAAGUCUGUCUUUCGUCCCCCUGUUUUGUGAAUGUACCUUUUUUUUUUUUUUUAAAGAUUAUUUUUUCGGGCUUUUUUGCCUUCAUUGUACAGGACAGAGUGAAAUGGGAUGAGAGAGAGAACUGGCGGUUGACAUGCAGAUAUGGUUGCAAGCCAGAGUUGAACCUGUGACCGCUGCAGCCUUUAUACAUGAGGCGCUGGCACUAUCGACUACGCUACGGACGCCCCGUGAAUGUACCUUUUCUACAAAACAGAUAGGCUGGAUAACAGCAUGAAAUUCCCACUUUUAAGAGGCAGUGUAAAAGAGGCAAAUAUUCACGAGUAGAAACACGCUUCCUUCUGCACACUCCUACAGUUGGCAGGUGUAUCUCAGUAUAAAGCAAAUAGUUCCUUCAUGAAACUGCUCACAACAAGGUCUUUGGAUCCUCUUGAGUA